AAAAUACUCCAAUUUUUUUUCCUUUUGGCACGAAACACACUUUUGAAGUAGCUCGGAAAACGUGCAAACAAUGAUCUAGAAUCCUAAAUCACAUAAGAACAUAUUUUGUAUUUUAAAAUACAACAUAUGUCGUUCAAAAUAUAUGACGCUGUCGAUUUUUGCACUCCUUUGGAUCAUUCAUCUUAUAGCAAAAUCGUAUACCAUCUACGUGCGUUGGAGGAUUUCGACUUACGUGCGGCCGAAACGGGAUUACAACUUGUAUGCGGCCCAUAUUUUUUGUGCCGUUAUGGGCUUUCUCUUUCCUGCGGUCCAAGAACGGGGCGCAGGGGAUCUCAGCUUACAUGAGGCCCACUAUUGUUGGGCCGGAAGGGAAGUGGACUCGCGUGCGGCUCAUGUUGGUUAGGCUCAUGGGCUCUCCGGUCAUCCAGCCGCCGACGCCGACGCCGACGCCGAAGCCGACGGGCGCCUCGGCGACGUUGAAGACAAGCCUCGCCAUGGCCCUCCUCCCCGCGGAGCCGCCGCCGCCGCCAUCGACGCAUGAGUGGCCGUACGUGGUCGUCCCAAAUCGUCGCCGGCGGCCGAAGCGUGAAGGGCUGCGCCCGCAGCGAUGUUCCCCAGGAGCAGCGAAAGCCACGGGGUUUGCCUGGGAUGUUCAUCCAGCCGGGGGAUAGAACCACUGAGUCGGCUUUGCUGAAUUGAGUACCAUUCACUCACUCAGUUGGAGAAGGUCAUAUGGUAAUUACAAAGUUGCAGCUGUUGCUUCCAGUUCUA